CUCUUGCACCUUGUUGCAUAUCGACAUACGUUGGCCCGGAUAAUCCUGUGGGGUAAAGUGAUGAUACAUGGAUCAUGUGUCACAAGGCGACCAUGUAGGCUAGCGCAGAUCAUCGCAAGUCAUCUCAAGUCAUCUCAGUUCACCGAACUUCCUGCUUGUGAUCCUCGGCCACGCUAGAUUCAUUUACGACCAAGCGACGUCACUCACUGUCGUUGACUGUCAUUCUGUGAGUGUAACCUAUGAUAUGUAGUGUAAUGCAAGGCAACGCACCUGCACUCUAUUGAUCCGCUCGUUAUCGCUGGAAAGGCACUCGAAGCCCAUCCGCGGCUCCAGCAUACCGGCACAUUACGCUCAUGUUACAGCCGGACGACAGUUCACCUCAGUUUUGCAGGUAUAAAGAGGCUUGAGGUCAUUGCACGAUACCAGUGUCCCAACAGCCUUCAAAUAUACCAGCAACAUCACAAUAUGUUCUUUGCAGCCCUCCCUUUCCUUCUUGCGUCUGCCCUGCUUGCCAAGGGUGACUCUGGUGUCACGACCUUCAACGACUACGACUCCCAGGGCGGUGUCGCAUGCUCAGGCUUUGGCUCUUCAAAUGACCAAGGCAACGGUAUUUACGCAGCUGCAUUGGGCGACUUGUCUCCUCUCUGGACGGGACCCAAGUGCGCCGGCAGCAUUGACGGCAGCAAGUGCAAUGGUUCCGGCGGGUGCAAUGACUGCACUGGACCUUCUUGCGCUGGUGAAGGCCAGUGUGGUUUGUGCUUCUCCAUAAGCUGUGCCAGUUCUUUGGAUGGAGAAACCUCUGGUUCUUGCUCUGGUCAAAGCAUCGUCGUCAAGGUUAUCGAUGCAUGCCCGUCUGAACACCCCGAGAAUUACUGCAAGACUUCCCAGUUCGGCGGCAACAUCAACCCGAAGGAGUGCUGCGAGGCGCCUGGUGUCAAUGCUUUCGAUAUCGCGACAUCGGCUCGUAGCGCGCUUUCGUCUUACCAAGGCAACCUCAACAUUAACAUUGAGUCUAUCUCUUGCCCGUAAGACCUUGAGAAGGAACAUAUCAUGCUCAUAUACAUGUAUAUUUUU